UACAUCGGCGGUGACGUCCUAUACGCCCUGACCCAGUCCUUCCACUCGGCCAAGAUCACAGCGCUCGUGCGCAGCGAGAGCAAGGCCUCUCUGAUCACGAGCAGGUAUCCCUCCGUGACGCCCGUUAUUGGGGAUCUUGAUUCGGCAGCAAGUAUUACGAAGGAGGUCGCUGAGGCGGAUGUUGUUCUAAUAACUGAUAUUCUGCGUCAAGACCUUGCCAGCUCGAACCAUCUCCCUAGUGCAACUGCUAUCGCGAAGGGGCUGGCGGAGACCAAGAGGCCGAGCCCAGGUUUUCUCCUCUCCGGCCCCGAAAUCGCCAAUGACUCAUACGGCCAGGCGCGCGCCCAAAACCACAACGACUUCCACGGGAUCUCCGAAAUCCGGGAUAUCAUCUCGUCAUCGCCUAAGCGCGUCGUUGACCACCUGCUCCUGGGCCUGUCUUCCAAACAGCCCAAUGUCCGGACGGCUAUCAUUUACGGGCCUUUGAUCUAUGGACUGGCCCGGGGGCCUGUGAAUCAGCGGAGUAUCCAGCUCCCAGAUCUGGCCAAGGCGACGAUUCAGCGCGGGAAGGGCGUGCAGGUUGGGAAGGGGUUGAGUUGUUGGAGUAAUAUCCAUAUCUCGGAUCUUUCUGGGUUGAUUGUUAAGUUGGUUAAGGAGGCGGAGGGUCGUGGAAGUGGAGAACUAUGGAAUGAGAAUGGCAUUUAUUUUACAGAGAAUGGGGCCAUGCCAUUCGGGGAGAUCUCGAGAAAAGUAGCCUCGUUUGCUUUCCAGAAGGGGUUCAUCAAGAGCACAGAUGUUGAAGAGAUCGACGCCGGGACAGCAGAUAAGUUGACUGCCCAUGGAGCCGUUCUAUGGGGAACAAACGCCCAAUAUACAGCAUCUCGAGCACGAGAGCUACUAGGCUGGAAACCCGCCGGACCCAGUUUGGAAGAGGAGAUUCCUAGAGCUGUUCAGGAGGAAGCUUCCAGCCUUGGCUCCCAGUCUAAAAUUUAG